AUGGCCUCGAUACUGAAUCGUCCCUCACCCCCCCCCUUUCCUGGAUACGCGCUUGGAGGAGGUUUAAUAUCCUUUCCAAUAAUAAUCAUUUCUUUUUUAGUUAUUUUUAUUUUUCAGUUACAUUGCAGUAGACAAAAUUUAAGAAGAUAUAAAAACUUCAAGACAGUUACACUUAAUUGCACUCUAAGAUUUACUCGAGAAAGAUGCCCAUAUGGAUUGUUUGCUGUUAGAAAAUCUUUUGGAAUUCUUGUUUAUGAACAUGGCAAUCACAAUCACGAAUUUAGAGAAAUUGAUAUACGUAAUACAAGAGCUUUGAACGCUUUAAAAUUAAAGGAUACAAAACCACCAGAAUUGUUUAAAAAUCCAGCAGCAAGCGUAAAAGAUUGGCAUUAUUUAUGUACUGUUAAUGAUGUUGCUGAAUUGGAUAAAAUUAGAAUACAAAAUAAAUGUCAAAGUUUUAUUGGUUAUCAAUUGGAUUCGAAUAGAAAGUCAAUUAUGCUUAAAUGCAAAAUGGCUAGAUAUAAAUUAAUUCGUUGUCAAUUCAAAAUAAUGGCCAAACGUGUAAAAGACGAAGAUAAUUUUCAUGUUUAUUCUCAAGGAGAGCAUAUAUGUCCACAAGAUUAUUCUACCGAUAAAAUUCAAAAACGUUUAAUUAGAGCACUUAAAUUUGGACAACAUAAUCGAGUACAUAAAUGGAUGAAAAGAACUGGCGCUGAACGAAUUAAAAAUAUUGUAAAUGAAUUAGAUGCAAGUCAUGUUAGAUUAAUGAUUGUUUUGGCAAAUCGAGAAAUGUUAUCGGGGAGAAAAGAUAAGAAAAGAAAAAAUUUUAUUUUUUUAAUAAUUAAAAGGGAGGAAGGGUUAUUUUUGGGAAAGUCUCUCUCUCUUCACGAGGAAAAACAAGUUCUUCCCCAAAAUUACAAAAAUUUGAUUUUAAUCAUUCUUAAAUUUUAA